AUGCGCAAAAGCUCAGUUGCACAGCUGGCUUCUCCUGGCCAACAGCGUCAAAUGGAUUACGAUCAAAUUGCCAUCGACAGAUACCACAACGCCCUGGAACUGAUAUCAAAAAAUGAAACCAUUCGAUCUCGCAUAGACCCUCUACUCACCAGGAACAAGAUUGUCCGAGUUCCUUUUCACCCAACAGUAGAGUAUUUGGGAGUUCUGGUGGAUGGUGGACGCCACUAUUUUCCGAUGGACUGGUUGAAGGAGCUGAUUGUGUACCUUCACCAACUACGCUACAACAUGAUUCAUCUGAGACUGACAGAUGAUCAAGCAUUCAAUCUACAACUGGUCUCUCAUCCUGAGCUAGCAAAUCCCUCAGCCACCAGUAUUGACCCAAACAAUAAAACGGACAGAGGAAAGUUCUACACUGCGGACGAACUGCGAGAGCUAGUGGCAUUUGCCAAGGAGCAUGAUAUUGACAUUAUCCCCGAAAUCAAUGUGCCGGGACAUGCUGGAGCAUGGACUGGCAUUCCAAACAUGACUGUUCCUUGUGCACUAUUCAUCUGCAACAAAGGCUAUGGAAUUCCCCUCAACAUUCACCAUCCCCAAAUAAAAAAAAUACUAAAGGACAUUUUGGGGGAAGUGAUUGACAUCUUUGACAAUCCACCGUUUCUUCACCUUGGAGGUGAUGAAGUCAACAUGGCAAAAGAAUGCUUUGCAGAGGCAGGAAUGCAACCAUUUGAGUAUGGAUCCUUUGAACGAAUGCUGCAAGAGAUUUUGGCAGAACUUGGUUUUCCGGAGGAUCGCGUGGUCCGAUGGGAGGAAACACCACAGCUUUCCAAUGACUUUGAUGCUAGCAGACCACGUCCGUCCUUUCGAGCGGGUGACAUGGAACAUUACUGGCAUGAUCCUCCGGGAAUACGAACAGGACUUGGUGGUAUGGUCAUGGAUUCCAUAUCCAAACCUCCCAGCAAGCCUUUUUUCGUCUCUCGCAAGCUCUACAUGGAUACAAACCAUGACAGCGGCGCCAUUCAGGUAUACAACGCCACGGUCGACAAUCUACAGCUUGACAAGGGACCCGCCUACUUUCCACUGGGCGUGAUAGCUGGAGCAUUUGAGUUGGAUCCCAACACAUGGGUGCAUCGCAAUGUGGCUGCCCGGCUCAUUGCCGUGGCCAUGGGGGCAGCACAGCUGGACCUGAAUAGUACUAUGGAAGUUCUUGCCUUUUAUAACCACACCUGCCGCGAAACUUUGGAAUUAGACCCAGUACUGUGUGAUCUUCAGGGCUACACUGCUGCUACGUUGUACGACUACCGCAACACCUGGCAAUUAGGACAGAAUCUGUGUCGCAGCAGCAUGUGUGAGAGAUUGACCAAGCAGGUGCGAACGCCCUCUAUGAGGCCCAAGGGGAAUCGCCGAGACA